AUGCUCCUAGACGAUAUGGUCGGUCAGGAAUUGAAUCAUACUCACAAAGUUGGAGACCUCGCUAGUAUCAAGGAAAUCCCCGCAAACAUGCCUGGUGAGUAUGGCCCGACACGCCUCGUCCCACCACAUAUUCUUAACACCGCCUUCGCAGCGUCUACCAAGGACAACAAGAAACAGGCUGAAUCCAACGGCGUCAAUGGGAACAUCCCUCCUCCCAAGACAGACAAGCCACGCCCCCAUGUGUGUACCACGUGUGGCCGCUCCUUCGCGCGGCUCGAGCAUCUCAAGCGCCACGAGCGCUCGCACACCAAGGAGAAGCCCUUCGAGUGCCCUGAUUGCGCACGAUGCUUCGCCCGUCGGGACCUGCUCCUCCGUCACCAGCAGAAGCUGCACAUGACCACGACGCCCUCGUCGCGCCCGAGAAAUGCGCGUCGCGAGAGCACUGGUGCCGCAUCCAAUGCCAACCGGGUUCGCAAGAAUUCCAUUGUCAACACGUCCUCGUCGAUGCGACCCCGGGCCAACACCAUCAGCCAUGUUGAUGCGGCCGCUAUGGGGAUGGGUCAUCCCAGCAACCCGCAGCGGCAACCGGGUCAUGGGUAUCACCCCAGUAUUGGGUCUGCCUCCAUUAGCUCCAGUGUAGAUUACAAUGGCUACAGCUCUGGACACCCACCUAUGAAUGGCCUGACCAAGCUCGAGACGUCUGGCCUCCCCAUUGACAUGUCUGGCGGCCUGCGGACGGCACCGGUCUAUGGCAGCUUCGACAUGGCAAUGGAUGGUAUGCUCAUGGGUCAUGGCAGUACCAUCAACCCGGCGCAGCUGCACUUCGCAGGCUCUCCACAGGGAUUUGGCAAUGACUCUCCCACUUCUCCCUUUGGUCACCAUGCUCACGGCAUGCAUCCCGCUACGGACCACAUGAUGGACGAGGAGAUGCACUAUGACUGGAUGAACGGGCUCGAUGCGGCCAUGGCCCUGGGCAACGGGAACGACUCAGUCAUUGACGAGUCGUCCCCGUCGGCGAUGAGCACGGGGAGCCAGAGCGGAGUCAGCGAGGCCAUGCUCGAGGGCUCGAACCGUAUCCCCAUCUCCAAUGGUUGGCAUAACCCGUUUCCCGGCCAUGCCUCCGCAGCGGCCAAUCAGUUUUCCAUUGACUUUUCCCCGACGGCCCUGAAUGAAUUGGGAAUCCCCCCGGAGACGGUGUCGCCCAAGUCCUUGAUGGCCCAGAAUAAUCCCUUUGGUGAGACAUAUGCCACACCCCCUUCCAUGACAUCGGUCGGCCAGCCCAUCGUGGGAGGACAUUCGCAGAGUAUGUUUUCAUCCUCAAUGGCAACAAGCGGUGAACCUAAUCCUCUCAACGUGGCUUUCCCGAAUAGUGCCCUACGAAGUCAACAUUCCCCCGCAUCAACGGAUACAUUUACAGACUCCACACGACAGGCUCUAUUAGCGAGCAUGUCGCAACCCACUGGCUUCAAUCAUCGCAAGUAUUCUCAGCCCGCAAGUGGACUUCUGAACAGUCGUGAGCUCUUCGCCCGCUCCGCUGGCUUCAACGGUACCGGUCAACUACCCAGCACCUCGGACCUGCAACGAUAUAUCUCGGCCUACAUCAUCUACUUCCACCCCCACGUGCCUUUCCUCCAUAUCCCGACCCUCAACUUCCAAGCCCCCGAGUACACCAGCAACCUCCGCACGCCAAGCGGACACUUGAAUCUCAGCUCCACCGGCGUUGCCGGAGGCGGUGGCUGUUUGAUCCUGUCUAUGGCGGCCAUUGGCGCGCUGUACGAGUACGAAACUGCCGCGUCCAAGGACCUGUUCGAGGCCGCCAAGAAGAUGAUACAGUUAUACCUCGAGGAGCGCCGCAAGGCCGACAUGUCUGCUGCUCUCAGCAGCCGUUCUAACUCUACUCGCGACAAUUCCGUCCACAACACCCCACUGUGGCUGGUGCAGGCAAUGCUGUUGAACGUCAUCUAUGGCCAUACCUGCGGCGACAAGACAUCGGCUGAUAUCGCCAGCACGCAUUGUGCCGCGCUGGUGAGCCUGGCUCGCGCAGCCGAGUUGACCCACCACCUGGACCCCAAGAGUCUACCACAAGAUCACCUGAAUGCUGGGUUCAACGGGGAGAAACAACAGUCUUCGGGGGAGAACAAUUCGGAUAAUUGGAUGUCACCAUCAUUCAGCCAACCAAAGGAGAGAAGGGACUGGUUGAAUUGGAAAGUUGUUGAAGAGCGGAAACGUACUCUCUACGCGAUUUUCGUUCUUUCCAGCUUCCUGGUUUCUGCGUACAAUCACGCACCAGCCCUUACCAACUCCGAAAUCCGGCUUGAUCUCCCUUGCGAAGAAGACCUCUGGGCAGCCGAGUCGCCUCAGGCGUGGAAAAAGAUGGGCGGACAGGCUGCUGCGAAGAAGGGCCUGUCUUUCUCGGCGGCGUUGACUUCCCUCUUGACCGCCAGCCAACGAGAGCAACAAACGCAAUCUUCGAACCUAUUCUUCAACGCAGGUACCCCUGACGAUCUUUCAACCAGCGAGAAUCGGCCCAGUACCUUUGGGUGUCUCGUUCUGAUCUACUCGCUGCACAAUUACAUCUGGGAAACACGCCAACGGCACAUGGGACGGCAGUGGACGGCGCAGGAGACCGAUGCCAUGCAAUCGCACAUCGAGCCCGCGCUGCGCGCUUGGCAAGCGGCGUGGGCAAGCAAUCCAGUCCACAGCCUGGAGCGCCCGAACCCAUUCGGAGCCGGCCCAUUAUCUGCGGAUAGCAUUCCUCUCCUCGAUCUUGCCUACGUGCGACUGUUUGUCAAUCUCGGCCGCUGCAAGGAAGCAUUCUGGCAGCGGGACUGGAAUGGCAUGGCAGACGAGCUUGCACGUGGCACAGAGGUCUUCCAGCAGGCAGACACAGAUGGCAAUACCACGGUGGAUCCUUCCCUCACUGGUACUCUCGAUGCACGACGAGACUCGAUUGCAGACCUGGGCGUCGCGGGUCUCGAAAUCUCCAAGACCCCGACGCAAGAACAGCCCAUGGAGUCCUUGUCCAGUGUCUACAAGACGGGCCAGUCCAAGCGUGAAAAGCACCUGCGCAAGGCGGCCUUCUACGCCGCAGACUCGAUCUCCAUGUCCGACCGACUCGGUAACACCUUCGCCGAGUUUUCGUCCCGGGAGCUUCCCAUCCAGUGCGCGAUGUGUGCUUUUGACUGCGCACAGGUUCUGGCUGAGUGGAUCACCACCGUCCAAGAACGGAUCGGUCCCUACCUUGGCAUCCUGGGUCGCGAUGAUGCCGAUCUCACUCAGGUUCCUGGCGUGAUGCUGUUGGAAGAUGAAGAUUGCAAGCUCGUCGAUAAGAUCAAGGACAUCUUGAACAGCAUCGAGACGAAGAUGCAGCGCCAAGUGCAGAAUAGCAACUCCAUGUCUGCGCUGAGUGUCAUGCAGCGUCUACCCAGCGUCGUGGAGGGAGGAUACGGUUGUAAAAUAUUGAUCGCGACAGCAAGCAUCCUGGAUCGAGCUGCUGUCUGGCCAGUGACGAAACUAAUGGCCCGCUCCCUUGAAACCCAAGCCAUGCGAAUGAAAGAGCGCGCCGAGCACUCUGUGAUGAUCGCCACUAACCAAUAA